AUGACAGAUUAUUGGAAAUCUUAUUCUAAAAAGUUUUGUGAGAUUUGCAAGGUUUGGUAUGCCGACAAUAAAAUUAGCUCGGAAAGGCAUGAAACUGGUGCCAAACAUAAAGUUAUGGUACAACAAAGGUUGAGGGAAAGUGCUAAAAAGGCGAAGGAUAAAGAGCUUAAGGAUCACGAUUUAAGAAUGACUAUUCUAGCAAUGGAACAAGCAGCUAAAUCAAGUAUGUCUUCAAAAGGUCAAAAAAGUGUGCCUAGUAUGCCUGAAGAGUUUAAUGAAGGUGUUGUCUCUUCUUGCUCUGCACAAUCUUUAGAAAAAGCAGAUUUGAGGGAAGAAAUACGUGAACAAAAACGGAAGCUGGAUGAAUUAAAGAAAAGUGCAAAACAAUCCCAAUUUUGGGUUGAUGACCAACCCGAAGAGGAAGAGAAAAUAGAAAGUGAUGAAGUUGAUGGUAUUCUUUGCUGGGUUCAGGGAGAAUCGGCGACUGGAUUGCGUAAUUACUGGCAUAUAUUUUCUGGAGAAACUCGUUGGGACCAACCCAAAAGGUUUUACACAGCUGAAGAAUAUGCCGAAAAUUACACUGAAAUCGCUGCAAAAAUAGCAGCCAAAAAUCAGUCUUUAAUUAAUUCUGGGAAUGUUUCUAAUAAUUUUGAAAGGACUCAGGUGAUACCUCCAAAUUCAGCCCCUCAACAACCUGCUAAAUUAAAUAAUAAAGUACAUACUACACCUCUUGAGCGCCCAAAAAAGGAUCAGAAGGAUUAUUUAAAGAAGGAAAGAAAAAGAAGAUGGGACAAUAAUGAAGAAUCUAAGCGACCCGAAGAAUUAAUUAGAAUAGAACCAAAACCAGAAUUAAUUGAAUCAACUCAAAUUGAUGUUACUAGUACUGGUGGACAUCCUUAUGGACCUUGGGUACCUGUAAAGAAAGAAAUUCCGAAGCCAGAACCUCCAAAAGAACCAGAAAAACCUAAAAAGCGUUAUGACGAUUUACCUGAACAACAUUAUGGACCCGGCACUUCAACUAUAAUACCAGAAGAACUUUUAGAAGUUGCUUUAAUUGACCCAGAAGAAUUGUCAUUUAAACAAAAACAAAUGCCAGAAAAAAAGAAAAAUGUUAAAAAUAUUGUUGGGUUUAGAAAACCUGCUGGAGGGGUAGGAAAUAAAUCUUUUAGAAAAAAUACAAAAAUUUAAGAAAGUAAAUUUUGUGAAUAUUUCUCAUAUUGAUAAUAAAAAAAAUUAAUUUUUUUAUUAUUUAUUACUAGAAAACAAGAGACUUAACUACUAUUAAGUAGCGAAUCUGAGCCCUACUUCCCCCUAGUUGCUUGAUUGAUGAUUGUUUAUAUGUAGAAGGAGACCCUUAGUUCCACAAGUGUCAUAUGAGGGAAAAAGUGCGAUGUAAUCAAGGUCUGCUAGGUUGUUCCAACAUAAUAUUUUUUUACCCAAAAAACUGAAUUUAUCGAAAUUCCAC